CUGGCUUGUGGGGAGUUGAUACAAAACCGGCUAUUUUAGUGAGACUUUAAUGUUUAUCCUCCUAGACUUACCUGUGGUUCCGAAGGGCUCUAAAACACGAUGGUGCUUCUCUGAGCUCUAAUCCUCCCUUUAGAGUCAGCAGACCUAUCAGAGAGACUUCCCAGACUCCUGAGCUCAAAAUCUAACUCUGCUGUUCUUCCUGCGUGACUUGACCUCCCUUGCCUCUGUGACUCCUUACAUGUAAAAUGAGCCCAAUCACAUCUGUCUUGUAGCAUGGUUAUCACGCGGGAUUUAGAACGGUGCCUGGCAUGAAGGACCCUCUAGAAUUCUAUUCACUAGACAUGAAUCACUGCCCUCUUGAGUCAGCAGGUGAGGUAUCGAGGAGGUGUGCUCAAAAGAAGAGGUUCCUGCCCCUGAAAGUACUUCAGUUUCUACUCCUCACAAACAUCAUAAAAAUCGACUAAAAGGUUGUUCUGUGAAGACUCGUUACUGGUUUUCCUGAAGUUGGAAGUUUUCAGACUGCCUAGAAAGGUGACUGUGAUCUCGGCUUGAGAGAAAGGUGGACUGUCAUGGCAUCCAUCUGGGUUGGACCUCGAGGAACCAUAAAGGAUUAUCCAGGCUUUAGCCCGUCAGUGGAUGGAGAAGCUAUCCGGAAAGCAAUCAGAGGAAUGGGAACUGAUGAAAAAACCCUUAUCAACAUUCUGACAGAGCGGUCCAACGCGCAGCGGCAGCAGAUUGUCAAGCAGUACCAAGUGGCAUAUGAACAGGAGCUGAAAGAUGACUUGAAGGGUGAUCUCUCUGGCCACUUUGAGCACGUCAUGGUGGCUCUCGUUACGGCACCAGCUGUGUUUGAUGCGAAGCAACUGAAGAAAUCCAUGAAGGGAACUGGCACAGAUGAAGAUGCCCUGAUUGAAAUCUUAACAACCAGGACAAGCAGGCAGAUGAAGGAGAUCUCGCAGGCCUAUUACACAGUGUAUAAGAAGAGCCUCGGAGAUGACAUUAGCUCUGAAACGUCUGGAGACUUCCGGAAAGCCCUGCUGACUCUGGCAGAUGGGAGAAGAGAUGAAAGCCUCAAAGUGGAUGAACAUCUGGCCAAAAAAGAUGCUCAGAUCCUCUAUAAUGCUGGUGAGAACAAAUGGGGCACGGACGAAGACAAAUUCACCGAGAUCCUGUGUCUGCGGAGCUUUCCACAGCUGAAACGAACAUUUGAUGAGUACAGAAAUAUUAGCCAGAAGGACAUUGAGGACAGCAUUAAAGGAGAAUUAUCUGGGCAUUUUGAAGACCUGCUGCUGGCCAUAGUUCAUUGUACAAGGAAUACCCCAGCAUUUUUGGCAGAAAGACUUCAUCAGGCUUUGAAGGGUGCUGGAACAGAUGAGUUCACUCUGAACAGAAUAAUGGUUUCCAGAUCCGAGAUCGACCUUCUGGACAUCAGACACGAGUUCAAGAAGCACUACGGCUACUCUCUGUACUCGGCCAUCCAAUCAGAUACUUCUGGAGAUUACAGAACAGUGCUCUUGAAGAUCUGUGGAGAAGAUGAUUGAAGAUGGCUCCCAAAGGCUGCCUGCCCUGAUAGUGGACUGCCUCGACAGCUCUGCUCACCGCCUUCACUCCAAAGUGCAAGCAAAUGCAAGACAGCAGCCUGACCGCCUGAUAGCCAUUGGCAUCAUUCAGUGCAGUAGCAAAAAAUGAGCUCGAUUAUAUUUUAGAGCAUCUCAUUCAUGAUGUAGAGGUUUGCAAGGAACAUUCAAUCUACAAUUAAAGACCUACUAAUGAUUUUCUAUUUGGCUCAGGAAGUUGGAAUCUGUGUAGUUCAAAACCAUUAAAACAUAAAUCAGGAUACUAAAAACAGCCGCCUUUGCUAAGUGUAAUUUGUGUAUUUGUUUUCAGUAUCUACUAAUACUGUUAUGUUGCCUUGUGCCAACAAAUAUUUCAAAAUACAUUUGUUAUAAAUGCUC